AUGUCAGCUACCUCCACAAAUGGUUUUUGCUUGUUUGCACAAGAAUUGCAAAUCAAAAUAGCAGGACGUAGAUAUUGCUGUCAGGACGAUAUAAUUUCACCUUAUUUGGUCCGUAUCGUGACACCACUAUGGGAACGACUUACUAGUGAAGAAAAAAAGGUAUGGAAAGAUCGGGCAAAAAUGAAACGUCAUAUCGAGGAGUAUUUCGCUUUAAUGCAUCAGCCAAGAAUGCUGGUAAAACGAAAGAAACGCGAACAUGAGGUGAAAGAUGCAAAGAUUGAAGCUGGGAACAGAGCAAAAAAUGAGAAACUUAAUGAAUUUGAUGAAAACGAUUAUCCGGAAGAUUCAAUGAUCGGUGUACCGUUAAAUCAAAAAGAUUAUGAUUCAGAAACAAAUGGUAUCAGUCGGAGUACUUACCAAGAGAAAUACGAAAAAGACAAAAAACGAGUGCUUGUAUUUCUGCGCACUCUUAAUGGAUUGGAUGAAAUUCGACGAGCUCGAUUUUUGUUUAUUUCGGUGCAAACAUAUGGUAACGUAGAUGGCAUAUGCAUUCCUGCUGAAAUCGCGAUCUGUGAAUUCAAUCUGAAGCACGGCAUUAUUGAUAAGUACACGUCAAUAAUUGGACCGUGGCGUUUGAACAAUGAGAUACAACGACGAAGAGCUGAAUUUCAUGCAAAUGAAACACAUCAAAUCCAUUUAGACAUGUUUGGUGGAAGAACUUUCAAAGUUCCAACUCAAAACUCGUGUUUGAAAGAAAUUUUGGGUCGCUGUGAACCAACCAUUGCUCAUUAUCAAGGCGUUUUUGUUGGAUUAUAUCGUGAUGGAAUUGCUGAAUUCGACAGUGACGUGGUAAGCUGGGAAUUCAAAAUAUCAUCCUAA